AUGGUACCCCGGCCACACGGACAUUGUCGGCAACGAGCGAGCGGACGCGCUCGUCAAACGCGCAGCAGAAGAGCACUCGACGAAGGCUCGCUCAAAGAGGAGCGCUCUGCGCCGAGUGUGGGAAGUGACAGUGACUGUAGUAUGACGACGCGAGCGGGACCGACUGACAGGAAGGUUCGCCGUCGCAAACCACAUACCACCCUCACUGCAGCUGCUCGCACAUAUUCGGGACCUCUGCGGGGACUGGGAGCUGUACGAAUGAGUAGUACAGUGUCAACAUUGACUGCCCCUGUGGGGAAGCAGCUCAGACACGACGUCACGUUCUACAAGACUGCCCCCUGUAAUAAGGGCAGCGACAUACCCCGCGACUUGUCCGAGGACACUGGGCACGCUCAUGAAGACGAGACAAUCGCGCGCGAGAUCGCACGCGUCGCGGUGGGAAGAGGAGCCCGCCCCGGGGGAGGAGGGUAUAAGAAUGGAGGAUGA